GCAAAAUCAAAUCAAAUGGAAAACAAAACUUAAUUGAAAUUAAGCAUUUAACAAAUUACACUACACAUAUGUGUAGUGUAUGAAAACUAAUUCUGACUGCAAGGUGGCAUAUAACGGACAAUAUUUAUGCAUGCAUACAUACAUACAUAUGCACAUUGAAAACUAAGUGGCUGCCUUUGUUCGAAAAGGCUGGCAACGCCGAUUUACUGCUUGCUGGUAAUUUUUGGCACGCGGAGACAAGUGAUAAAACCAGUAAGAACAGCGAAAGGAAGAAAGAAGUCGAUUCAGAGAAUCUAUCGAUUCUUGGAAAUCCGUCAAUCACAUCAAUUUUUGUGCUGCGUAAAAGAGCAGUGAUGGAUAAGAGAAAUAACACAAUGUCAACGAUAAUGCUAUUGCUGCUGUUCAUGCUGACGCUGAUUUCUGUUGGCGCUGGCGCUGCUGCGCAGUCGGUAUACACAAACGUGCAUCGGACUCCAAUGACUGAGGUGGAUGCCCUGCGCAUGGAAUAUCUCAGUUUGGAGCGUGCGCUCUGGAUUUAUUUGAACAAAACAGCAAAUAGCCAAAACAACAAGGAGACUCAAUUGCGCAAGGUGUACGAUUCGCAUCGCAGCUUUAUUAAUAGGCCUCAAAUGGACCGUCAAUUUGCGAGUGAUAAAUAUCAAAUUAUGCAUCAUUACGAAUGGAAUCAACUGGAGUUGAAAUUAGUUGAACUGAAUCGGAUCUUUGACUUCUAUAAGAACACUCUAAUGAAACCUGUCUCAAGCGAUAGACUGGAGGAGCGCGCUGUAUUGGAUUUAACCGAGACGGUGUUGCGCAACGACAAACAUUUUUCGAUGUCGCAAAUAUUUCAAACAAUCGAGGAAUAUAUGGUCAAACAAGCCUUAUACUACAGGGCCAUGGUGGCAUCCACCGAUGAAAUGUGCCACACCAAGCAAUCGGCCCAACAAUUUGUGUAUUCACUAUACACAGACAUCGCACUGACCGAACUGAAGGGCUACACAAUGAUGGAAUUCUCAUGGAUGAUGCUGCGCGUCUAUGGGCGUGGCAAUUUCUCACAGGAGGCGGAACUAAUGCGUCGCGACUAUGAGAAGCGCACAGAGCGAACACUAAAGCUACUUAAAGAGGUGAUGCGCCGUUCCGAUCGUAUUGUCUGGCGCUGUGAUCCCGAUCGUUUUGUACUAGGCAAAACAUACGAUGAGGUGACACGCCUGCUGCAGGGAUACAUUGAGAACGAGGUGGAUCUGAAUGCGGAUGAGACAUGCCGCGAGACAUGCUCCUUCUAUCAGUCGACGCGAAGCGAGGGCUGCUUCAAGGAAUAUUUUUGCGCGCGACAGCCCAAGUGCACGGGUCGCCUCUACAACUGCCAGUUCGUUGACUCCGAUAUGUGGGUGUGCCCGGCGGCAUCGAAUAGCACACGCCGCUACGAGUAUAUCGAGUACGAGAAUGGACGUGUGCUCGGAAAGCGUCAGAGGUGUGUGCGAGGCACCACCAAGGUGGACAGCUGGUGGCGUUAUCUCUUCUGGCAUUGCAGCUACUGUUUCUGUCUGUGCGACGAGCAGGGCUUGAAGUCCGAUCGUUUCUUUAAUCUGCGCGAAUCCGUGGCGGAUGUCAAGAAUAACAACGUUGUUACCGGCCUGCGUUUUGUGAAACGGAAUCGUGUAUUCCAUCUGCAGAUUCAGGAGGGUCAACUGCUGCCACGUGGCGCCGUCAAUGAGUCAACCUUGUCCUGGAAGCCCGUCGAUGACUACAAAAUCUAUGAUCGAAAUGUUGCCAAGGGCAUUGACUAUCACACGCUGAGCUACGAGAGCCGUUCCAUUGAUCUGGAUGACAUCAUGAAAGCAGAUGACAAUAGCUUUGUGGUCACCGGACUGCGUUUUCGUGUUCUUGGCGCCCAUUUGAAUCUGGAGGCGCGGCUCACUGAAUUCGAUUUCAAGAAGGGUGAACUAAUACAGCCGGAAGUGAAUAGCGUUUGGCAAUCUAACGACAAUACCGAUGUUAGCGGUGAACGCAGACAAAAGAUAAACAUCUACAAUGCUGACGUGCCCACGAGAUCGGUGGUCACCUCGAUACCAAUGUCCAAGCACAAUCAAUACAUUGAAUUUGUCAAUUCGGGCAUGGACAAGGAUGCGGCGCAGAGCACUGUGCCAUUUUUGGAUAUACAGGAUGUUGUGUCACAGCCGCCGGUGCCAUUAGCCGGCAUCGGCCUCUACUAUAAGGGACGUCCCGGCUAUGGUGGCUUUCUGGCACCCAAAAUUAUCACCUACGACUUUACGCCGCAUGUGCAGGUGCCAAAAAACAUUAACUAGAUACUGAUUGUUCGAUGAUA